ACAACACAACACACUUUCUCUUGCUCUUUUAUUUUUUUUUUCUAUAUUGCCCCUUUCUCUUUUCAAGCCAACAAAAGCUUCUUUUGUGUUGUUUUGGUCAUUUUCUUCUUCUUCUUCUUCUCCACUGUCUUUCUCGCGCUUCCAUCACCCACCCAGGUGUAAGAAAAAAUCAUCAGAAACACAGUGAGAAGUGAAGAGAAGCAAGAAACUAGAUUCUACAUGGUUCACAAAAUUGGAUGAAGUUUGUGUGUUUCAAGUUUCAAGCUGGUUCUCUCUCACUGGAGUUAACAUAUAUAGACAGAGAAGGGUGUGAUGUGUAUAUGUGAUAAUAGUGCUUAGAAAGGGUGUUGCUUAGCUGUUUUUGGUUGAAUUGUCCACGAAUCGAAGUUCGAAUCCAUUUUGGUUGACCAGAUCUGACUACCCAUUUCACUUUCACUACUUUUUAGCUAGUUCAUGCUUUGGACAUGUAGAAUUUGUCUCCUCCUUAGGCCUUACUGGGCUUGUUAGUCAUGGAUAGUGAUCUUUUGAAUCCACGCCUCGCAUUCUGGGAUCGUUUUCAAUCGGUGAAGCAGGGGAUAAAUUAGUUAACACAUGACAGACUGUGUGGUGGUAUCUGAAGGGUGGGAGGGUAACUUUCUGUGCUGCCUAGAUAAGGGUUUUGAUGGAGUAGAUGUCGACCACGGUGGCAUUUCCAUCAGGAGUAGGUAAUUCAGUGUGUGAUAAGCAAACUUACAUGGAUGUAUCCAGAAUUAAGCUGAUGGCAGAUUCAGGAUUGUUAUCCAUUUCUACUGAGACUUCUAUAAGUUCUGAUGAAGUUCAUAAUGGUAGCUAUGAGGAUGAAAUUGGUAUUGGUAUUACAGCAAUAACACCCUCAAAACAGGGAAGUGAAGGAGAAAUUCCAUUGUUGAAUUUGAUAUCUCGAAACAUAAGCACUUCUGUUGUUGGUGAUGAAGUUUUAAAUCCAGAAAUUGAGGAGGAGGAGGAUUCGAUGUCAUUGGAGGGUGAUCCAAACCUUGAUAUCUCUCCUCGUUCAGUUGCGAGUGAGAACAGUAGUAUUUUUGGAGAUGAGUUAAUUAGUUCUGAGAUUACUUCAGAUUUUGGGAUAAGGAAUUCCAUAGACGCAGAGAAGAGCAUCUCUGCUGUAAGAAUUAUUGCUAUGGCUGCUGAUUUGGACAAGUCAAAUGUGGAGGCAGAUAUUAUUAUGAGUGAACCCCUUGCUGUGGCAGUGAGCCUCGAAGAAGAAACAGGAGUUAGAUCUGCCCCGGUGCCUGCUACAGCUCUUCAUCAACCACCUCUUGAAAAGGAGGUGUGUGGAACUGUUGGCCGUAGUGUUUUUGAAUUGGAUUGGACUCCACUUUGGGGAUUUACAACUUUGUGUGGAAAAAGACCAGAGAUGGAAGAUGCAGUUGCUACUGUGCCUCGGUUUAUGAAAAUUCCUAUUGAAAUGCUAAUUGGUGACAGGAUAUUUGAUGGAAUGAACAAGUGUUUCCGUCAGCAGACAAGUCAUUUCUAUGGAGUCUAUGAUGGCCAUGGUGGCUCUCAGGUGGCAAAUUUUUGUCGUGAUCGUAUGCAUUUGGCUUUGGCUGAGGAAAUAGAGCAUGUCAAGGAAGGUCUAUUAAUUGGAAGUAUCAAUGAUUGUCAAGAUCAGUGGAAAAAGGCUUUCACCAAUUGUUUUCUGAAGGUUGAUGCUGAAGUUGGAGGGAAAAUUAAUAGUGAACCUGUUGCCCCAGAAACUGUUGGAUCCACUGCUGUUGUUGCUGUUGUCUGUUCAUCUCAUAUCAUAAUUUCAAACUGUGGUGAUUCAAGAGCAGUUCUAUGUCGUGGCAAAGAACCCAUAGCGUUAUCUGCUGAUCAUAAACCUAAUCGAGAAGAUGAAUAUGCUAGAAUUGAGGCAGCUGGAGGCAAGGUGAUACAAUGGAAUGGUCAUCGCGUAUUUGGUGUUCUUGCAAUGUCAAGGUCUAUUGGUGAUAGAUAUUUGAAGCCAUGGAUUAUUCCUGAUCCAGAAGUUACAUUUCUUCCUCGUGCAAAAGAUGACGAAUGUCUCAUUCUUGCCAGUGAUGGCCUGUGGGAUGUCAUGACAAAUGAAGAGGCAUGUGACCUAGCUCGGAGACGCAUACUUUUCUGGCACAAGAAAAAUGGCUUGUCCAUGUCCUCAGAAAGGGGAGAAGGAAUUGAUCCCGCUGCACAAGCAGCUGCGGAGUUCCUAUCAAACCGUGCUCUUCUGAAAGGAAGCAAAGAUAACAUCACCGUGAUUGUAGUUGAUUUGAAAGCCCAGCGAAAAUUUAAGAGUAAAUCAUAACUGUUUCCUUCAACUGCACAAAAGCUAGAUGUGAUCCAAUAUAGUUUUGCCCCUUAGUUUUCAUCUGGGCAUCUCCUAGCUUAAGCCUUCAUCCCCUCUUUCCUUAGAACUCUCAACUGAUUAAGUGUUUCCUUGUUCAUUGCCGCAUUUGGGGCUCUGUAAAUCUUUGCUGCUUAUUGUAGGUAUAGGUUCAUCAGUUCCCUUCUUUUGAAUCAGCAUAUUUGUAUUCAUUGUUAUGCCUCCGAGAACAAAAGCUCUGUGAGGUAUUUACUUCAUACAGUUUUAGCAUGUGUUGUUUAUAGAAAAAAAUGUAGUAGCUAUUUGGCAUUGUGGUUUCCAAA